UCUUUCCAGCUUGCGAAGAUGAAGCUCGAAGUUGCCAGCACACGGAGGAGCCUUCUGGGCGAAGGGCCACACUGGGACGAGCGCAGUUCGACGCUACUCUUCGUUGACUGCCUAGGCCGCCAGGUAGUGCGCUAUGAUCCCGCCUCCGGCUUGGACACGCAGGUCACGCCUACGGAAGGGCACAUCGGCAACGUGAUCCCUUUUGCCGAAGACAACCACCGGCUGGCUCUCUGCAUGGAACGCGGCCUUUAUCGACUUGACCUGGGCACCCGCGAGAAGCAGUUGUUGGUAGAGAUGCACGACGCUCAGUCGCCGGUGAAGUCUAGGCUCAACGACGGCAAGUGCGACGCGCUAGGACGCCUAUGGACUGGGUCGAUGCCCUCUACGGGAGUGCUGAAUCUGAUACCAGAGAAGAGCAAUUUCUGGUGUUACUCGAAGGGACAGCUGGAGCACAAGUUAGACGGGGUGACCAUCUCCAACGGCAUCACGUGGACGAACGACAACAAGAUCAUGUUCUACGGCGACUCGGUGCCCGGACUGAUCUACGCCUUCGACUUCGACCUCGCCGUUGGGGAGAUUCGGAACCGGCGAGUACUGGUCGACUUCAACAAGAAGCCCGGCUUCCAGGAACUGGGGCUCCCGGACGGCAUGACCAUCGACGUCAACGACAAGAUCUGGGUGGCGUGCUUCGGAGGCAGCGCCGUUAUCCAGAUUGACCCAGAGACGGCCAAGAUCCUGACCAAAAUAGACUUUCCGGCCAAGUACACCACGUCGUGCUGCUUCGGGGGCAAGAACUACGACGUCCUGUACGUAACGACAGCCAGCUUUAACCCAGACGCGAAAAGGCCCGAGAAUGGCCGACUCUACAGGGUCACGGAGCUGGGAGCAAAAGGCAGGGCAGCCUACGAGUUUGCCGGUUAGCAACGCUUGGCGUGGUGCAGACAGAACGACGCCAGAACCCGGCCUCCGUGAUUCCCAACGCACAUUCGAAUCACGGAGGCCGUGAUUGGCUGUGGUUAGUUGGCAUAUUGCAAAAUCGACUGAGACAUACAAAGCGCUACUUUCAACUGGAUCUAUUAAGUGAGGAAAUUCGAAUAAAAGCAUACU